AUCAAAGUCUGUAGGUUUGCAAUGAACAUGCUGAUGAAAGUCACAGGCAGAAAUGGUAUGUAGUGGACUCUCUGCCUUGGCUAUCAUCCUGGUCAUGGAGGUGAAGAGAAAGCAAUAAAGAUCAGCAUCAGCCCCUUCCUAACCAGGCAACUUAGAGGAGGAUGUCCUAUCAAGAUUAACAUGGCUCAUUCAAGAAUUAACUCUCUACUCAUCUUCUACCUCAGUUUUUUGCUGCUCAUCCAUUUAAAAAAGUCACUUAGCGUACGAAAUGAUUCCAGGUGCCUGUCAAAGUCUUGCCAAAAGAACUCUACGUGUGAUGCUGCAACUAAGGACAACUCCUGCCGUUGUGUGGAUACAAUUGACAUUUUGGAGGAAGACUGCAAUAAAACUGACGAUCCUUGCUCCUCAAACCCUUGUCUUCAAAAUGCUACCUGUUUAAGCAUGGCAGGAAACCUCAGCUUUACUUGUGAAUGCCCAACUGGGUACAGUGGAACUACCUGUGAAUUUCCCAUCAGCCUCUGUGACACAAGCCCUUGUAGAAAUGGAGGCACUUGUCAGCAGGGUCUGGCUGGCCCGAUCUGUGUUUGUAGCACAGGAUACACGGGCAAUCUGUGUGAGACCUAUUUCAAUGUGUGCACUUCUAAUCCCUGCCAUAAUGGAGCAUUGUGCAGGGAAGGAAUUGAUGGGUACUCUUGCUACUGUGUCCCCGGUUAUCAAGGCAAGCACUGUAACAUAGAAGUGAACGAAUGUGUUUCAGACCCCUGCUUGAAUGGGGCUACCUGCCUGAACCAGAUAGGCAAAUAUGACUGCAUCUGCCCUGCUGAGUACACGGGUGUAAACUGUGAGCUGGAAAUUGACGAGUGUUUGUCACAGCCUUGUCUAAAUGGUGCAACCUGCCAUGAUACUUUGGGUAGCUAUUUUUGUUCCUGUGCACUUGGAUUCCAAGGGGAGCUCUGUGAAAUCAACAUUGAUGAGUGUGCUAGUCAUCCAUGCCUCAAUGGAGGACAGUGUAUAGAUGAUGUCAAUAGGUACAGCUGCAACUGUACCAGUAGUGGAUUUACAGGCCUGCAAUGUGAAAUCUUAAUUCCCUUAUGCCAGUCAGAACCAUGCCACAAUAAUGCUACCUGUGUGGACAAUGCUGGGAAUUAUAUAUGCUCCUGUUGGCCAGGCUAUGCAGGUUCCCACUGUGAGAUUGAUGUGAAUGAGUGUAACAGUAAUCCCUGCUCCUAUGAGAGUGAAUGUGUGGAGAGGUCCUGGACAUCCUGGUAUGGACGUAUUCCAGAACUGCCAGAAGAGUUCAGCUACCACAGAGCAUCAGGUUAUGUGUGUAACUGCCGGCCAGGAUUCACAGGUAUUCACUGUGAAGAAGACAUCAAUGAAUGUUCCAUGAACCCUUGCCAAAACGGUGGGACCUGUGAGAAUUUUCAUGGCAGUUACACUUGUCAUUGCCCAUUUGGAGAAAAGGAGGGAACUUCUUAUGGUGGCAAGAACUGUUCAGAGGCCCUCAUUGGCUGCAAUGACCAUCCAUGCCAAAACAGCAGUUUAUGCAUCCCUUAUUUAAAAAAUGGCCACCACGGAGCCAGCUGCAUGUGCCCACCUGGCUAUACUGGAAUACACUGUGAAACAGCCACCACCUUUUCUCUUGCGGGACAUGGUUUCCUUUGGGUGAAGAGUGACAUGACCCCUUUACAGGGAUCUUUCUAUACCAUAAAUCUGAGAUUCCAGACUGUGCAACCUACAGCUUUUAUAUUUCACCGAGGGGAGAAAGAUACAUUUGUGAAAUUGGAGUUACUGAAUGGCUACUUACACUUAUUCAUGCAAGUCAAUAACCAGCCACGAGCUCUUUUGCAUAUUUCACAUAAUGUCAGUGAUGGAGAAUGGCAUUCCGUGGAGGUAACCUUAGCAAGAGCUGUUACCCUUAAUUUGCUUGACAGCUCUUGUGUAGAAUCAUGUGUCAAUAAAUCUACUACUGCGAUAGAUAGUGAUCAACUGAUGCUUGCAUUUCAGAGCACAUUUUUGGGUGGUUUACCAGUGGGAAGCAUGAGCAGUGACUUCUCACCUAACACCUAUAACAUGCAUUCUGCACCUUCAUUUGUAGGCUGUCUUCAGGACAUUGCAAUAGACUUGAACGUUAUUACCCCUGAGAACAUAUCAAGCGAAACAUCUUUACAUGUCAAAGCAGGCUGUAAAAAAAAGGACUGGUGUGAAAACCACCCUUGUCAAAACAGGGGACGCUGCAUCAACUUGUGGCUGAGUUACCAGUGUGACUGCUACAGGCCCUACACAGGGCCAAACUGUUCAACAGGCCGGUUUGGACAUGAGGACUACUCGGGAUAUGCUGCUUUUUCUGUUGACAGUAGUCAGAAGGAAAACAUAACUAUAUCAAUGUUUGUCCGAACACGGAAGUCUUCUGGCUUGUUACUAGCUUUGAGGAACCGUACAUCUCUGUAUAUAAGGAUCUGGUUGGAAGAUGGGAAACUAAUCAUGUUAGCCUCCAAUGCCACCAAAUUAUUAGGCACACGGACUGUGAGUGAUGGAAUUUUUUACUUAAUAUCAUUAAAAAUGGAGAAAAAUAAAGUUGAAUUGUUCCUAUCAUCUCAACAGCUAGGCUACAUUUCUACGCCGAUACUAACAGUCCAAAAUAGGGAUAUUAUCUAUGUUGGAGGACUCCCAGACAAACAAGAAACUGAUAUAAAUGGUGGGUAUUUUAAAGGCUGUAUCCAAGAUGUAAGACUGAAUAAUCAACAUCUGGAAUUCUUUCCCAUCACAACAUCAUUGUAUUCUGUCAUCAAUCGAACACUGAUCAACGUGACCCAGGGCUGUACUGGUGACAAUUUUUGCAAGUCCAACCCUUGUCACAAUGGUGGCAUUUGCUACUCUAUCUGGGAUGACUUCACUUGCACAUGUCCUCCAAACACAGCAGGGAAAGCGUGCGAAGAAGUUAAGUGGUGUGAGCUCAGCCCUUGUCCUCAGGAAGCACAAUGCCAGCUGGUACACCAAGGAUUUGAAUGUAUUGCCAAUGCAGUAUUCAGUGGCAGAAGCAGUGCGAUAUUUUACAGAACCAAUGGGAAGAUAAGGAGAGACCUCACCAGUAUUGUAUUUGGCUUUCGCACUAGGGAUGCUGAUGUGAUACUGCUGUAUGCUGAGAAGGAGCCAGAGUUUGUUACCAUUAGCAUUCAGAACACCAAGCUAGUGUUUCAGUUGCAAAGUGGCAACAGCUUUUAUGUGCUGACCUUAGCUAGUUCACAGCCUGUGAAUGAUGGGAAAUGGCACCAAGUGAUUCUCUCUAUGACAGAACCCUUCUCCCAGUCAUCUAGAUGGCAAAUUGAUAUAGAUGAUAAAAAAGACACUGCAACUAGUACAGUUGCCACAGGAAGCCUCAAUUUCCUAAGAGAAGAAAUAGACAUUUAUGUGGCCGACAAAGCGUUUGAUAAUCUGGAUGGCCUAAGGGGAUGCAUGAGCACUAUAGAAAUCAGCGGCAUUUAUCUCUCGUACUUUGAAAAUUAUGAUGGCCACGCUAAGAAACCUCAAGAAGAGCAAUUCCUCAAAAUAUCUGCAAAUUCUGUUAUGACUGGCUGUUUGCAAUUGGAUGCCUGCAGCUCAGAUCCCUGUAUGCAUGAUGGGAUAUGUGAAGACUUAUAUAGUUACUAUCGUUGUGCAUGUCUCAAGGGAUGGACUGGCACGCAUUGUGAAACCAACAUUGAUGAAUGCUUUUCAAAUCCCUGCAUUCAUGGAAACUGCUCAGACAAAACUGCAGCCUAUGAGUGCCUCUGUGACCCUGGAUACACUGGGGUAAACUGUGAAGAGAAUAUAGACAACUGCCGUGGACACCUGUGUGCAAAUGGGGCAACUUGUGUAGAUGGAGUUAACACUUAUUCCUGCCUGUGUGCUGGUAACUUCACAGGGAAAUUUUGCAGGCGCACUAAGCUACCUUUUGCCGUCUGUGGGAAUGAGAAGAGAAAUCUCACUUGUUACAACUAUGGCAACUGUACUGAGCUCAAAGGCGAGUUGAGAUGCCUGUGCCUGUCAGGUUUUAGUGGAGAACGGUGUGAAAUGGACAUUGAUGAGUGCAACUCUGAUCCAUGCAUGAAUGGAGGCCUCUGCCAAAACCUACUUAACAAAUACCAGUGCAUCUGUGAUGUAAACUAUGCUGGUGACCGCUGUGAGAUAGAUUUGACAGCUGACUUGAUCUCGAACAUAUUCACCGCCAUUGGCUCAGUAACGUUGGCCUUGUUAUUGAUCCUCUUCUUGGCAGUUGUGAUUUCCGUCAUAGCUGCCAACAAACGAGCGACUCAAGGGACCUACAGCCCCAGCCGGCAGGAGAAAGAGGGAUCCCGUGUGGAGAUGUGGAACAUGGUACAGCCACCACCGAUGGAAAGACUGAUAUAGCAGAAAACACUCUUCUGUGCUACAUGCUGGCAAGCAUCUGGCGGGAAGGAAAUUUGAGUAAAUAUGAUGGAAAUGGUUGUUAAUUUUGUUUUUGAUACCAAGGAGUAUGUGAUGAUUAUAGGGGCUGUUGAAAAUAUUGGACAUCUAAUUCAAGAACCUUAAGGGUCUUUAGCAUUUGAGUGAACUGCUGCCAUCUCUCACUGUUUUGGACCAGCCUGUCAAAGGACAAUUUUGUUUGCACUGGAAUUUUCAGCCUUGGUAAUCAACGGUAUGUCUUACAGAGUGUAAUGGCAUCUGGGAUACAUGUAAGUGCCUGUCUCUCAGAUCUAGUUGGAAACACAGUUUCUGUUUUGCUUUGCCUUUGACUGCCUAGUGAGCAUUGCUGCAUAAGACAACUGAGAGAAAUAAAAUAAGCCUGUACAAUAAAUACAUCAUAAUUAUGUCAUAAGAGGUAUUAGCAUUAGAACUGUGUCUCAGCAUAUUUACUUUCAUUCUUUAAUCAGGGAUUAAAAGGAAGCUACGGGGAAGCUUUUUAAGAAGCAAAAUAAACCUUUGAAAAGUCAUUGGCUUGCUUCCCUUCAAGGCACCCAUUUCACCUGCUGUUUCACCACCCUCUUCUAAUGCCAGUGGCCUUCUGUGACAAACAUGUGCGCUGCUCUAAGCAUCAGAAACAACACUCCCAAAAUGUUGGCUUGACAAAGAUAUUUAACCAGACCUCUUCAAAGGCAUAGACGUGUAUUUCUACCCUGAAUUCCCCGCCACUGUCUUGUUCUUACUACGUUAAUGUGCACUACUAACCUCCAUGCCCCCCAGGUUAUGAAUACGCAGCAAGUGCAAAGCAGACAAGCUUACUCAAAAAUGUGCUGCCCAAAAUUGUUGGACAGUAUAAGGAAAGUAGAAUGAUCGUCUUGAACCUAAACCACUGGACUAGGAAUCACAGAAUACUGGGUUCCCACUCUGCAACAGAUUUCAUAUGUGACUGUGAGCAAGUCACUCACCCUUCUGUGCCUCAGUUUCCCUCUCA